GCAGAGAGUCCCAGGGGAGGGAGGCAGAGAGCAAGGACACAAAACUACAAACCACAGGCUUCCUUCUCCCGGGAGUCGAUCCCGAAUUGCCUUUCUGGAAGGGAAGCGCUCCUACAAGCCCUACCGACCCUUCCAAGUCUAUGUUUCAGAGUCACCAGGAUCACAUCUCCCUGGGAUUUCUUAUGCUUGGAAAAGUGACAUCAAUCUGCCUGGCUUGAGUUGUGGCCGAUGAGUUUACUGCUCUGCCAUUUUUUUUUCAUCUCCUAAAAUUCGUUCAUUUUUCCGGGCUCUUUGGGGAGAAGAGGCUUUUUGUCUGGAAAGGAGUACGCAGAACUGGUUUUGGAUUCUCCGUAAACUCUUAGACGUCUUUGAAACACUAACUUUCAAGCCUAUCCGGCCCGGCAGCUUUGAGAUUGGAGUAAAUUUCUUCCUUUGAUCUACUUGGAUUAUUUUUUCAGGCUGUGGAAUUUCACUCGCAUCUACCUGCCUAGCGCAGGGCUCUGGGGUUUUGUUACAGAGUCACAAGGUGGAAGAUUGAGCUGCACUCUCGGUUGAGCUGUUGAAACUUUUUAGAACAGGAUCUGUACAAACACAUUUGCAUCUUUUUCACCCCCUGUGGAUUCCUCUGGGCUCCUUGCACAACAGUUAUCCUGGAAGACUUGUGACUUGGGAAAGCGCUCCAUUUCCUGGCCUGGAUCCUUCCACCCUCACCUUGGUUUAUGGCCUCAGUGGCUUUUGCUUUUUCUUUUUUUGUUUAUGAAAUUCGGCUAAGGUGACCCCAGAAAACUCUGGCCCCACGUUGAGCUCCAAAAGCAAGCCAUACCGUUGUAAUGAGAGACUCAAAUGGGAUAUCCAUCCACCACGCGAGGUUGGAAAGGUCCCGGCGGCGCCCUGAAGUCUUCACUUAUUAGCGAGAACGAAGAUGGGAGAAACUGUGGCACCUGAAGCAGAGGUAGGCUGAGGGCGCCCCCGCUCUCCGGCCCGCAUCGGGAAUGUCACCCGGUCGUGGGAAUCUAAAGCAAGUAAGGGCCUGAACUAUUUGGGAUCCUGCUGAAAUCGAAGCCGAAGCCGUCACUUCCUCCGGUGGCGGCCCGGACGUUUGCUGGGAACCCGUGUCUGUUAUCCGGAGAAGACCGGGACAUGUUCCGGAGCGGUAUGUGCGGCCCAAGCGCGUUGCUGCAGCUGGUAGCAUGAGUGGUGGCCACCAGCUGCAGCUGGCUGCCCUCUGGCCCUGGCUGCUCAUGGCUACGAUGCAGGCAGGACUUGGACACACGGGGCUGGUCCUGGCAGCGGCCGUGGAGUCUGAGCGGUCAGCAGCGCAGAAGGCUAUCAUCAGGGUGAUCCCCUUAAAAGUGGACCCGACGGGGAAAUUGAACCUCACUUUGGAAGGGGUUUUCGCAGGCGUUGCUGAGAUUACUCCAGCCGAAGGAAAACUAAUGCAGUCCCACCCGCUGUACCUGUGCAACGCCAGUGACGAUGACCACCUGGAACCGGGAUUCAUCAGCAUCGUGAAGCUGGAGAGCCCCCGCCGUGCCCCCCGUCCCUGCCUAUCAUUGGCCAGCAAGGCCCGCAUGGCGGGGGAGAGGGGAGCGAGUGCUGUUCUGUUUGACAUCACCGAGGACCGUGCCGCUGCACAGCAGCUGCAGCAGCCGCUGGGCCUGCGGUGGCCUGUGGUGCUCAUCUGGGACAGGGACGCGGAGAAGCUCAUGGAGUUCGUAUACAAGAACCGAAAGGCUCUCGUCAGGAUCGAGCUGAAGGAGCUGUCCACCUGGCCCGACUACGACGUGUGGAUUCUCCUCACGGUGCUGGGCACCGUCUUUGUCAUCGUCCUGGCCUCCAUCCUUCGCAUCCGCUGCCGCUCCCAUCGCCAGCCGCAGGAGCCACUGCAGCGGCGGACAGCCUGGGCCGUGAGUCAGUUGGCCACGCGCAGGUACCGGGCCGGCAGCCGGAGGCCUUGGCCAGAUCGGUCCGACUCGGGGAGCAGCUGUAGCUCCGCCCCCAACUGUGCCAUCUGCCUGGAAGAGUUUGCCGAAGGGCAGGAGCUGCGGGUCAUUUCCUGUCUCCACGAGUUCCACCGCUCCUGCGUGGACCCCUGGCUGCACCAACACCAGACCUGUCCCCUCUGCAUGUUCAAUAUCGUCGAAGGAGACACGUUCUCCCCACUGCCGGGGCCACCACGGGUGCAUCAGGAGCCGGGACGAAGACUUCACCUCAUCCGCCAGCACCCGGGCCAUGCUCACUACCACCUCCCAGCCUCCUACCUGCCGGGCCGCCCCCGGGCUCUGCUCACUGAGCCCCCUCGGGCUGCCCCCUUCCUGCCUUCCCGGGACCCGGGGAGGGGAGCUGGGAGACCCAGACCCCCUGGGGCUCCGAGGCCUGGGCACCACCGGGACCCUCCGCAGCCGGCGGCCCCGGCCCCCCGCCCGGCCCCCCGCUGGGGGCCCUGCUCCCCGCAGCCCCGAGGCUCAUGGCCCUCGCUCCCGGGCCCCCCGCCUCGCCAGGCCAGGUCGGACGGCGGCGGCGGCGGGGCGGGCAGCAGCUCGGGGGAGAGCUACCGCACGGGACGCAGCGGCUACCUGGCCGAUGGGCCGGCCAGCGACUCCAGCUCGGGGCCCUGCCACGGCUCCUCCAGCGACUCGGUGGUCAACUGCACGGACGUCAGCCUGCAGGGCCUCCACGGCAGCAGCUCCACAUUCCGCAGCUCCCUGAGCAGCGACUACGACCCUCUUGUCUACUGCAGCCCGGAGGCUACUGGUCCCCCCGAGGCCCGGCCCGGCCCCAGCUACCGGCCCCGCUCCCUGGACUCAGCAGCGCCCGGGCCCAAGAGCCGCGUGGCCGGACAUGUGCACUACCACCGGCACCGGCACCGCCACUACGGGAAGCGGCUCCAGUGCCAGGGGCCGGGAGGCGGCCCAGAGCCCAGUUCUCCUCGGGCUCAGCCUCGAGCGGACCGGCCCGCCGCCUCCGGUCCCCCGCCCCACCCUGGGCCGCACCCUUGCCCCCUGCGGCCCCGGGCCCUCACCGAGCCUUCCCCGGGCCUUACGGACUGCCCCCGCCCACCCCGGCCCCAGCAGAGGAGACGACGGGGGUCCCCGGAGCCCAGCUCGCCCCCCCGCCCCCAGGACCUGUCCGCCGCCUCCGCCUGCCGGGCCUGCCCACCCUGUGGCCUGCCUUACCACUGGGCCCCAGAAACCCACUCGCUGCUCGCUGGGACGCUGGGCCCGGACACCGGGCCGCCGCCGGGCACCCCGGGGGGCCAUGGUUACCCCAAGCCUCCGGCCGGUGGGCCACACCUGGCCCUCUGCCGGCCCCUGAAGCCCUGCCUGGAGGAGCACAGGCCUUCCACCUGGUCCCUGGGCCCUGCGGCUGAUGGGGCACACCCCUACCCUCUCUACCCGACGUGCCAGUUCCAUCCCGGCUCCGAGGAGGAGAUCGAAGAGCUGUGUGAGCAAGCGGUGUGAGGAAGGACCGACUCGCACAUCCCAAACGAGCCUGGGAGCCUGCUCCCUUCAGGCCAAGGAAAAGAGGGUUUGGGGGCCUGGCCCCACCCCUCCUUAGCUGGCCACCCCGGAUGCGGCCGGCUGUGGGCGGAGGCGGGCUGAUCUCUCCUCCCCUGGUCGGGGUCCGCUCUUCGGUUGCGGGCCUGGUCACCGGCGGCAGCAGCGGCUAAGGCAGGAGCAGGGGUGCCGGCCCACCUGGGGCCGGGGCCAGCUUCCUUUGAGGAGAGAAACAGCCCGGAUGAGGGGGCUCCGGCCCACCCCACGUCAGGAGGAUCCCAGGCUCCCCAACCGCUACAUUUCGACCCCGGGGACACCUGCCUCUGGCCUCAACUGUGACAAACACGUGAAGCCACGGGAGCCCAAGGCGGAGCUCCUGAGCUCUAGACUUUCUCCUCGGGGCCUCUCGGUAAUGCCUGCCAGGCUCUCUGAAGAUGGGGGACCCUUGGCGAAUGAGAGGCAAAGGGUCAGGCUGCUGCCUGCUUAGGGCCCUCCCUGGUAAGGCCAUUGGGGGCUGUCUCCGCUGGCUUCACUGAGGAAGCUUCUGAGGGCAUUUCAGAGAGGGCCUCCUUACCUCUGAGAUGCCCUCCCCAGCCCCCACCAAGCAGUGGUCGUGGUGCCCCCUCCCCAUUGCGUGUCCCCCCGAAGGGUGAAUUUCUGCCUGUGGCAACCCCUCUACCCCACCCUAGCAGGCCUCCCCACCCUGUGCCAGGAGGCAUGAAACCAAUCACCAGUCCCAGGAAGGGGCCGGGGUAUAAGAUUCUCCUUGGGUCCCACCUCCACACCCCUCAUCAUCCCUGCUUCCACUUGCGGGGCAGAGAGUGUGCGUGUCAAUAUGGGACUAGGGAGGUCGGGGGUUGGUCGGGGUCAGGGAAGCCCCGGAAAUCAUCUUGGGAAAGCAGGAUGGAGCAGGGCCAGAAAUGGGCCGGUGGGAUUGAUCUUUUAGGUGGGAGGGAGCAGAGCUCUCUUGACUGAACCAGGAGCGGCUCCAGGGCCAGGGAGCACGGCAUGGCCUCGGCCCUGCCCUUUUCCGUCAUCUCCCCCUCUGAGAUCUGGUCAUGGGUCCAGGAUCGGGGUGGGGAGGGGGAGAGGGCUGUCUCCUGCCCGUACCUGUGGGAGAAGAGCACUGCCGGGGCACCUCUAGCCGAACCUGGAGGAACAUUCCAGAGUCAGGCCGGGGUUAAAAACUCUAUUUAUUUUCUAGCAUAUUUAUCCACACAUCAGAUCUGGUCUUGUGGUUUUGUUCUGUGACAUUGGGCCUGGAGUCAAGACCCUGACUCCUCCCACAAAAAUAAAUUAUUUCCACUA